AUGCGCCACCACCCAGACCGCAACCGCACAGACCCAGACGCAAGCCAACGCUUCGCCCGCAUUUCCGCCGCCUACAACGUCCUAGGCAACGUCUCAAAGCGCGCAGUCUACGACCGCGACCACGGCUUCCAUGUCGCGCAGCACGCCUCACCAGGCCAAAGCCACAGCCACCAACACCCGAUGGGCAGCCACAGCAGCUACGCCGGCUCGCGGCCCGCGAGCGGGCUGAGCAAGCGGCGCUCUGCAUUCCAUGGUCCACCACCUAGUUUCUACGAGCAAGGCGGGUAUGGUGCUACGGGGAGACAGGCGCAGGGAUGGGCGCCUAAUGGUAGUGGUAGUGGUAGUGCUGGGAUGGGAUCGGAGUUCGGGGCUGGCGCUGGCGCUGGCGCUGGAGCUGGGACUAAACAUGCUGAUCCGGAGGAUUGGGAGGGGUUUAUUCAUCGGAAUCCUCUGAAUCAUUUUAAUGCUCGGGGUCAUUUCCGGACCCAGGAGGCGGAGGAUAGGAGGAGGAGAGAGAGGAGGGGGACUAGGAGGAUUGAUGAGGAUCGGGUUGGUCGUGAGCCUGGAGUUGAUCAGACGGUUUCAAGAUUCUUUCUUUGUUCCGGGUGUUUGAUUGUUAUGGUUGUUGUCGUGGAUUUCUGGCGGUCGGUUCCUAAGGUUGUUGAUGGGAGGAAGACGAGGAAGCAGGCAUUGUCUUCUUAA